AUGCUCUCAGUCGCAGUGUCACCAACCAAAACAUCGACAGCAAGUGUCACAGCCCUCAAAGACAUCUACACCGAGAUGAAUAGUUUGAAUACUAGAAUCACGUCCGACACAGUCCUUGGUCUUAUUUUCCAAUCAAGGAUUGAAAACUUUAUCCAGAACAAUCCGGCUAGAGCUACCCCACGUUUUGAGACGAUUGUCAAUAACUUCGAUAUCUGUCUGAAGCAGUGGGAGGACUAUUCACAGUCCAGCACAAAUAUUCAGAGCCAAGCAACUAGCUCUAUGUUGCUUACUUUGACUGAGGUUGACGAGUCCAACUUUGAUGCUUUCCUAGCGGAGAUACCUGAAGAAAACUGGCCGGAGGCUUUGGACUUCUAUGCGGCUACGGAACAUUGGUGCUGGAAUUGUCGUGCCCCGGACCACUACCUGCGACAGCACCAAAAGGCAACUUAUGUUGGCUCCCUGUACACGCAACCAUUGGGGCAAGCUGGCAUCAAUUUGACUAGCUCGACAAACCCCCCUUCCAAAACACAAAACUACGCUAGAAGAUUGGCCGAUCUGUACCGACCCCAAUACCAGUCGACAAAAUCCAGAUAUGGACUUGACAAUGGUUUAACACCUUUGGCAGCAAAAGGGGGGGUUUUGGCUCAACUCAUGGAAAUUGGAAGUGUGCUGGAUGAUCUUGAUGAGCUAGAUUUCAGGACAAUGAGUCUUGAGGAAGACAUUCUACCAACACCAACCAGUACUUUAUUACUGGGGUCGGAGACCUGA